GGCAUCAUGGGUCAUGUAAAUGGUGGAUGAUUCCAAGGGAUUCAUAUCGCGGACAAGGGAAUUGGUCUUCGAUUGGCGUAAAUCCCAAGAUUAUCCGGUCAACGGCAUUUAUGAGGCAUCGAGCACAUCAGAGACCGCGCAAUCCUCCUGCUUCUCUGCUCCCAGUACCUCAUCAACAGCAUCAGUAAUGAACACAUUAGGAGAUUCUCUUAUCGUUUCAAUACGAGAAGCUCACAGCUCAAGUUGCAUUGACAAGAACAGCGGUGUGUUUUGUUGACAAUUGGGGGAAAUUGAACGAAUUCCGCCACCUUCCAAAUGAGAGGCGUCCAACUUUGCCUGGCAACAUGAUGCACGCUGGCAUCCCAACAAUACACUCACCCUUUUCAACAAUGCAGCACACUCGACGAAAAACCUCGACGAAGGAAGCCAUGGCAUGAUGAUAUAUCUGGAUGUUGAUGCCCGCGAAGCGACCCUUCUGGCUGCGUACUAUCAUCCUCAGCAGAUGAAAGCCGUGUCGCAGGGCAAUCUGCAAGUCCUGGACAACGAUGGCCGUGCCUUGGUGGGCUGGGGCCAUAAUGCCGCUUUUACCGAGUUCAGUUCCGACGGGCAAGUGUUGUGCAAUGUCCACUUCGGUGCCUCGGUGUUCUUUGGAUUCGGUCGCGCCGUAUCAUACCGGGUUAUUAAAGGCGACUGGGUUGGAAGGCCGCAAACUGCUCCGGAUGCCGAGGUGAUCGGUAAUCGGAUAUAUGUCAGCUGGAACGGAGCGACAGAGGUUGCCGCAUGGCAACUAGAGACCUGGCUCUCAGGCGAGCUUGAAGGUGCCGCUUUCAAGGUGGUGGCACAAUAUGAGAAAAAUGGGUUCGAAACCGAAAUCGAGAUCCCGGAGAACUUGGAUAGUCCCCUGUUUCGCUUGGCAGCCCUCGACGCCAAUGGCAAUGUCUUGGACGUCACGGAGCUAUUGCAGAGGGAGCGGGGCAGUGCCAUGGAACGGCUGCUCAACAUGCAUUAUUGGAUCUUGGGUAUCGCGUUCGUCAUGAGCGGGAUUGGCCUAUUCCUUGGUUCUGCAGGUGCUGCGGCCUCGAUCCCAGACUCAGUCGCUGGCGCUAUCGGUCUUCCGAGUACCAGAUGGUGGCUUUCAGCGAUACUGACACGGAUCGGCAAGCAGUCUGAGGGGGUCGAUCAAUUCGAUCGAUGUCAGCGAACAACAGUUAUGGGCGCCAUGGCUACUUGGAGGUAUUUCUUGAAUUUGUAA